UAAUUUGCGGUCAUAAAAAAAGGCCAGAGGAUUGAGUGGCCAUUGGGGAGAAAAAUGGCGGGAACCAUCCAUCACCUUCUUCAUGGCCAUGCAUGUUAGAAUUCAAACCCUAGGAAAUACCCCAUCAUUUUUUUUCUUUUCCACACCCUCAUGACAAACCCUAAAUCAAUUCCAAUAUCAUAAUUUUUUAUUUUGUAAAAAAACAAAAAAAAGUAUAAGCUUCUCCUUUUUCUUUCUUUCUUUCUAAUUCUUUCUUUUAUGGGGGUGUUUAUUUUUAAUAUUUACUUGCAAAUCAAGAAAUAUCGAAGGUGAUCAUCGUGAUCAACAUGCAACUUCACAGAUUAAGAUAAAUUUUUUUUAGCUAGCUUCCUUCUUUUUUGUUGUAGAUCAUAUGACCAUAUGGUGAUGAUGAGGAAUUCAUCAAAUUCCUUGAUAAUGUUGAGCUAUGUCUUCAUGAUCACGAUGAUGAUAUUUUUAUUAAAGCCAAAUAAGAGAUUGGUCAAUGCUGGUCAGAAUGAUAUCGUAGUACUGCCUAAUUUUUGUACAACACGUUUAAAUGUUCUCCAGCCACCCUAUCAUGAUAUACCGAAAUCCAUCUGUUCAUCCCUCGAUUGGCACGGCUACCGUAUUAGCUUCUUUCAGGAUAAUAACGCUGUUCUUACCGUUGUACUAUCGGGAAUGAACGAAAACAGUUGGGUCGGAGUCGGGGUGUCAAAGGACGGCAUGAUGGUUGGUUCGAGUGCCGUGGUGGGAUGGAUGAACAGAGACGGCAGAUCGGGCACAGUAAAGCAAUAUUAUUUGAAAGGACGUACGAGGAAUGAUGAAAUCAUACCAGAUAAAGGUGAAUUGAAAUUCACAAAUGUUACACCCACCAUUGUUGUCAAGGACCAAAUCAUUUAUCUAGGGUUUCAACUCCAGUUUUCCAGUCGUCUUGAUCGUCAGCCCUUUCUGUUUGCUGCCGGGUAUGGAAAGCCUGGUGCUAACAACAUCCUACCAACGCAUAAAUAUAGAAGCGCCUUGUUAGUUGAUUUCCCUAAAGGAGUCAUUCGUAUAGGGUUUGUAGACAGCAGGAAAGUGAAGAUGACCCAUGGAAUACUAACUAUUAUUGGAUGGGGCAUAAUAAUUCCAUUCGGAGCAUCAAUGGCCAGAUAUCUUAGGGAGUAUGAGCCUUUGUGGUACUACCUUCAUUCAUCAGUUCAGUUUAUAGGUUUCUUUGUGGGGCUUUCUGGUGUGGCUGUUGGAAGGACACUAUAUGAACUAGUACAUGCUGACUUUAACAGCCACAGAUCCAUAGGGUACAUUGUGCUUGCACUCAGUGUUCUUCAGCUAUGCCAGUUUAUCAUGAGGCCAUCCAGGACCUCCAAGGUCAGGAAGUACUGGAACAAGAGCCAUCAAUGGGUGGGGAGAUCGGUGGUCGUGCUUGCUCUUGUCAAUAUUUUCAUUGGUCUCUUUUACGGAAAUGGAGGGAAACCUUUUAAGACAUUUUUUUUGUGCGCCUUUUCUCUUUUCGUUUUGUCCCAAAUAAUUUUGGAAAUCCGGCACCUGCUUCAGAGUAAAAGAGCAGCUCUUGCUACUACCGCUGAUGAGCCUCCUCUUUUUCAAGUUCCUCCACGAACUUAGCAUUAAUUCCACUACUAUUUAGUAAAUUAUUUUUAUUAAACUUUCUUAUGAUGGUCGGUGUUUAUGUACAUAUACGAAUUGAGAUCUUAACAAUUAGUGUCAUUAAACAUCAAUCAUUUAGCU